AUGCGCUAUUGCGCAACUGACGUUUUGAUGACUUUUGACGUGUUUGAAAAACUGAUGCCGCUGUUUGAACAACGAUUCCCGCACCCAGCCACAUUACACGGGUUGCUGGAAAUGGGUAGUAUGUAUCUACCCAUUAACGAUUCUUGGACAAAGUUCCAACAACGCGCUGACGCCGGGUUCGCUUCCAACGAACUACGCCAAAAGCGACUGCUUAUGCAAUUGGCUAACGAAGCCCUUCAGCGGUAUUCUAGCCCUGACAAAGACCCCAGCAAUGACCCCUGGCUCUGGGAUUUGGACUGGUCGAAACCUAAGGCAUCUCCGAAGACCGAGGUUGAAAAGAAGCUAGCUACACUGCCCAAGUUAGUGUAUUACCUCAUCAAUCGUGCACAUAUUGUUGUUGUUGUCGUCAUAAGUAUUGGACCGGGAUUGGCGUUCUGUGAUUGGAGAAAAAUGAAGAGCACAUUCCUGAUCCGAAUCUCUUAUACGCUCUACCGAUGGAUUCGAAUUGUUAGAUCUUCAGUUGUCUCUAGCAAUGCCCCCGUCUUUUGA